AUGCAACAACCCCCGGAACAGCGCCCAUGGGACCCUGAUAACACUGUCUUCCCACGUCUACAAGAUCUGCCUCAAAUACCAAACGCCCCUAAACACUGUGCCUGGGUUUGGGGACCGGAGGACAACCUUGGCCGCCUGAACCUGCUUACACCUAGGCGCGUCCAGGCUGCAGCAUCAGAAAUCAAGACCGGAGAGACAGCCAGGGUGGAUUUGCCUCUGAACGUGCCAAAGCAACCCGCGUGGUCCCGUGAAGCGUUCACACUUACGAUCAAGGUUGUUGAUGAGGGUAUCGGCAAUGACGACCUCUACCACUUGAACACGCAGUCUGGCACGCAGUGGGAUGGCUUCCGGCAUAUGUCUCAUGCACCAACAAAGACCUUUUACAACAAUACUAAGCAAGAAGAUAUUUCUGGGCCAGAGGCAAACCACAAGUGCAGCAUUCAUCACUGGUCAACUCGGGGGAUGGUCGGGCGCGGUAUUCUGAUUGAUUACAGAGCAUACGCCGAGAGCCAAGGGAUAGUCUACGACUCUGCGUCUUACUAUUCCAUCACCUAUGCCAACCUCGUUGCUUGCGGAAAGCAUCAAGGCCUCGAUAUCCGUCCGGCAUCAGAAGGUGGAGACAUCCAUGUGGGAGAUUUCUUGUUUGUCCGGUCUGGCUUCGUUCAGGACUACUACGCCAAGUCGGACGAAGAAAACACGUUCCUAGGACUGCGAGACGAGCCAGUGUGGGCAGGACUGAGCCAGGAGGAUGCCGUCCGGAACUGGCUACACGACUGUUACUUCGCGGCAGUAGCAGGAGAUGCCCCAGCCUUUGAAGUGUGGCCCCCUCCCCGGGGGUACAAGCUGCAUGAGUACUUACUCGCAUUAUGGGGGGUUCCAAUUGGGGAGAUGGUCGAUCUCGAAGGUGUAAGUGCGUUGGCAAGGAAGCACAAGCGAUGGACCUUUUUCUUUUGCUCUGCACCAGCAAAUUGUCCUGGGGGAGUUGCCAGCCAUGUGAACGGGACAGUGAUGUUCUAG